AAGAUAAGCAGAAAGCUGAAAAAUAUAUAUAUUAAAUGUAAAUGGGUUAUUUUCUAUAUAUAAUACUGCUGCCAGUGGUCAUUGUUCUGGGGAAUAUCGAUUCCGAGCUACCCUGCUAUGGACACAACUGCACUAGUACAAAUAUAACCAAAGGUUCUGACCCAAGGAACAUACGUCUGUACUCCUGCGACAACCUUGGAAUCCUCAAACGCUCCCCUAAUCUAAAAUCCGUCAUGAUCGACAAUUGCAAUAGUGAUAAUAUCGAUAUGGCCAACUUUGGUUCUUUACGUACAUUAAUCUACCUAGUAUUGCAACACGGCAAUCUGCCUAAGCUAAACGAUGAACAGUUUUCCAAGAUGCCAGGUCUUAAGACUCUUGAGCUGAGGAAUAACUCCAUCGUUAGGAUUUCCGCUGGAGCCUUCAAGGGAAUUCCGGAAGUGUGGAAGCUCGAACUGCAGCACAAUGAAAUUGUGUCUUUGCCGACUAGUGUAUUCCAUCCUCUUCCACAACUCACUGACCUUGACCUAAGUGGAAACAAAAUCGCAACCCUUCAACGUGAAAUAUUUGAUAAAAAUCCACAUUUAUUAUGGCUAUCACUAGAGGAUAAUCCGUUGACUAAUGUAUUGUCUAUAUCUUUGAAGCACCUUGUCCAACUGAACCUGAUCAAUUGUAGCCCGCUGAAGGAGCUGCAUUUGCAGACAGCUAGUUCUGUGAGACUCAGAGAUUCCAGGAUAAGCCGAUUGGAUAUUGUUGGUGGUGCUGAAGGACUCUUUUUGCAAAAGAACCGUCUCGAAAAUAUCCAAAUUGGAGACAAGAUGGCUGUCACCAUUUUGGACCUGAGCGAUAACAUGUUGCUUACUUGGGAUCUUCAAAAUAUACUUGUGGGAAUGUGGAGACUUCUGUUCCUGAAUCUUUCCUGCAACCUUAUCCGCGAGUUACCCGUGCCCAAGAGGGACAAUUCCAGUAAGGAGUUUCUUCUUCCUUCGUUACAAUCCCUGAAUUUGUCCUUCAAUAUGCUGGAAUACCUUCAUGGUGAUUCGCCUCUAAUAUCGCCUGAUCUUACAAACUUGGACCUGUCGCACAAUAAUAUUUAUAUCAUAGAGCCUCACAUCUUUAGCAUGGUAAAAAAUCUAAAAAUCCUCCAUAUUGAGUGGAACUCCAUUAGAGACUUCGGAUUCGAUCGCUUUUACAACCAGCACCGAGGACUUAGGGAGGUGGCCUUCUACGCAAACGAUUUCAACAAUAAAACAUACAGAAUCAUAACAAAUUUCUUUAGGAAUGCUGGUGUCAACGUAAUAGAAAAAAUCUAUUAUUCCCGCUACUCACGGAAAUAUGAACAAUCACCGAAAAAAGAGGACUCCAAAGAAGUUAGUUUGCCCUUUAGAGGGAUGUGAUCCAUAAAGUGCAACUUUGACUAUACGAACCUUCUUGAACUGUCUUUCUCUUUUUUGUGACAUCGAACUCUCCUUCACAACAAAAUACAAGUUCGUCAGCCUUGAAAAUCGAGAAAUAUAAAAAUAAACUAGUAUUGUAAUGAUUAUUUAUAAGUAUAAACAAUAAAAAUAUAGAUCAUGAAAAUAAAACUAGUAAUAGGUAGAGGUAGUUUGAUCCAAGGAAAGCUUGAGUUCUAGUCUAAUUGUUUAGGAGUCAAAUAGAGCUAGGCUGGUCAGCAAUAAACUAUUUCUU